GACCAUAAUAAAAUCAUGGCGUCCUUGCUAUAAUAUUUGCAUACCGAUCUUACGAUGUGUGUUUAUACAUAAGUACGUAAGUACUAUAUUAUAAAAAAUGGCUAAAUCGCAGAAUCUUCGCAAGUAAGUAAUUACUUUAAGGUAAAGUCCGAUAUAUCUACUGUGAAGAAAAAAAAAGGUUUACCCACAUUAAAAUACAAUUCAGCAUUAAAUCCUUCCCAAACUGAUUUUUUACAUUUUGCUUAUGGUACCGAAUAAGAAGGAAAACAUUUGUGGAACCAACGUGUAAACAUUUAAAUUAGCUAAUAAAUUAGCAAAUUGCGAUGACCCUCUAUUCCGUUGCUGAUAUAUAAAUCUGCGAUUGUUCAAAAAUUCCAGUACUUUGCCAAUUUUUAUACAAACCGGAACCAGUCAACGUGAUGUUGAGCAAGAUUUUGAUUUUACUUGCCGCCUUGGCAUUAACUUUCGCUUUUCCACAUCCGAAACCGAUUGAAGUCGAAGUUUUAGAAGCUGCGGAAUCUGCAAGUCCUCAUCACCAUCACCACGGAUGGGGCGGCGGCUGGGGAGGUGAUUAUGGAGGUUGGGGCGGAGGAUGGGGUGGCGGAUAUGAUGGAGGAUGGGGUGGUGGCUGGGGUGGAGGAUGGGGAGGUGAUUGGUAGUAAAAUAUAUUAGGAUUAUAUGUUGUAAUUAAAAGCGUAUAUAAAUGAAAUUUUGUUGGUACAGUCAAUUAGUGACAUUUUCACAAUAAAAUCGUUUUUUCUUUGUGAUAAAU